GUUUAAAAGUUUAAGGAUAAGAGCAUAGCUUUCUUCCUCUUGGCUGCUGCGACAGAGGAGAAGCUACGAACUUUAGAUGUCACAGACUGUAAUUUUCAAGCCGUUUGUCUCAGUUCCAUCAAGUAAUCACAGCCAGAGGAGACUACAGAACAAUAUUAUCAAUGUUGGUGUUAAAAUCCAAAACCGAUUCAGAGUUGUUUGUAUGGGAAUGCUGGCCCCAAGGAAAUUCCUGCAAAAGAGGAGGAAAAUAGAGGUUUUUAAAGAUGCAGCAGACGAGGCAGAUCAAAAGAGAUGGAGAGGGCUAAUGUUAGAGAUUGAAUCGACGGGUUCUGCAGUUUCGGUGCUUAGGCAAUACAGAACUGACGGUGACCAAGGUCUUCCGAGAGACCUCGUUUUGGGUACUUUGGUUAGAUUUAAGCAGCUAAAGAAAUGGAACCUUGUCAGUGAGAUUCUGGAAUGGCUUAGAUACCAGAACUGGUGGAACUUCAGUGAAAUGGAUUUUUUGAUGCUCAUUACAGCUUAUGGGAAACUAGGAAACUUCAAUGGAGCUGAAAGGGUUUUGAGCGUACUGAGUAAGAUGGGCUCGAGUCCAAACGUGAUUUCUUAUACCGCUCUCAUGGAAUCUUAUGGAAGAGGAGGCAAAUGCAACAAUGCUGAAGCGAUAUUUCGGAGGAUGCAGUCUUCAGGCCCAGAGCCUUCUGCUGUAACUUAUCAGAUUAUACUUAAAACUUUUGUAGAGGGGAACAAGUUUAAAGAAGCGGAAGAGGUUUUUGAGACUCUUUUAGAUGAGAAGAUAUCGCCAUUAAAGCCGGAUCAAAAGAUGUAUCACAUGAUGAUAUACAUGUACAAGAAGGCUGGGAAUUAUGAUAAGGCUCGAAAAGUAUUUGCUUCAAUGGCUGGGAAAGGAGUUCCACAGUCUACUGUCACUUACAAUAGCCUUAUGUCCUUUGAAACUAAUUAUAAAGAAGUUUCUAAGAUCUAUGACCAGAUGCAAAGAUCUGGUAUUCAACCCGACGUUGUAAGUUAUGCUUUACUUAUCAAAGCAUAUGGAAGAGCCAGAAGAGAGGAAGAAGCUCUAUCCGUUUUUGAAGAGAUGCUUGAUGCUGGUGUAAGGCCGACGCAUAAAGCAUAUAACAUUUUGCUUGAUGCAUUUGCUAUUUCGGGAAUGGUGGAGCAAGCAAAGACCGUUUUUAAAAGCAUGCGACGGGACAGGUUUUUCCCGGAUCUCUGCUCUUACACAACUAUGUUAUCAGCCUAUGUAAAUGCCUCGGACAUGGAGGGUGCUGAGAAAUUCUUCAAGAGGAUAAAAGUAGACGGUUUUGAACCGAAUAUAGUCACGUACGGGGCAAUGAUAAAAGGGUAUGCAAAAGCAAACGAUCUCGAGAAGGUCAUGGAAGUAUAUGAGAAGAUGAGGUUAAGUGGCAUCAAAGCGAAUCAAACCAUCUUAACGACUAUCAUGGAUGUGUCUGGGAGGUGCAAGGAUUUCGGGAGCGCUCUUAGUUGGUACAAGGAGAUGGAGAGUUGUGGGGUGCCACCUGAUCAGAAAGCUAAGAAUGUGCUUUUAUCAUUGGCUUCAACUCAAGAUGAGUUGGAGGAAGCUAAAGAGCUUACUGGUCUCAGAAAUGAAACAACAACCGUCAUUGCUAGGGUAUAUAGAACUGAUGAUGAUGAUGAGGAGGAGGAAGAUGUAAGUAGUGAUGAUGAGGAUGAGGAUGAAGAUGAGGAUGACGAUGACGGAGAUGGUGAUGAUGAUGCAAGGGAAACUGUGUUGUAUGAUAGCAAGCAGGAAGGUUCUUUGGUUUAUGAUAAUUCACAGACGGAAGAACUUGUGGGCUUAUGAAAAUUUCGAGAAAAGUUUGAUUUUUGUAGUCAUCUAAAGCCAAAAGAAAGAUUUUGCAGAAGGGGACUAAGUAGUUUGUCCAUUCUUUUUGUCUGUAGUUUACGAAACGAAAUGUGUUACUGAAUCCUAAGAACAAAAGGUUAAUUAUUUCAUAUCUCUUGCAAACAAAAGAGAGGAGAAAAGAACAGAGUUGUUGUCGCUGUCA